AUGGCAUCGGAUUCUGCGUCGGUACGACGUGGAUCGCGUGCGAAGCGGCCCGCACAGCGAUUUGAGCCUGAAGCCGGACAUGAGCAAAAGCGCGCACGCCCAGAAGGCACGCGCCGCACGACGCGUGCGCAAAAAGAGGAGAGCCCGAGCGAGGACGAGGGGGACAGCGACGAUGGCGUCUACUGUCUCUGCCGCAAGCCCAACGACGGCUCGCCGAUGAUUUGCUGCAGCACAUGCGGCGAAUGGUUCCACUUUAAGUGUAUCGGUCUCUCGAAGAAGGUCGCUGAAGACAUUGACGAGUACGAGUGCAAGGAGUGCCAAGACAAGGAAAAGCAAGCGGAGGAAGAGGUGCGCAAGAAAGAGGACAAGGCGGCAGAAGAGGAGGAGUACAACGAGGAAGCAGCGGAGGAGGAAGAAGAAGAAGAAGAAGAAGAAGAAGAAGCACAAGAAGCGGACAGCGAGGCACACGACGGGUCCGAGUCGGAGCCGGAGCCAGCGCCGCGCCGCACACGCGCCGCACCACGCGCGCGGGCGCCGCCCAGGGCGCCGUCCAAGGAGCCUGCACGCGCACGCACUGCCGUCGGUAAAGAUCCCGUGCGCUCGCACGUCCUCAAGACCUUUACCGAGAUCUUUUCGCCGCUCUUUGCGAGCGCGGGCGAAAAGGAUGCGAGCGAGCGCGCGACUGCCUACGCCGAAGAGCUCGAGAGCGAGCUGCACUCGUCGCUCGGCCAGCGCGAAAAAGGACGCCUGUAUAAGGAGCGUUUCCGGACCCUCUCUUUCAACCUCAAGGACCAUCGGAAUACAUCGCUGCACGAGCGCAUUACGUCCGGCGCGCUCUCUGCGACCGACCUCGCGAAGCUGCCGAACGAGGCGCUCGCGAACGACUCGAUCCGCGAAGCAGCUGAAAAGGCGAAGCGCGACGCACUCCAGCAGUCGGUGCUUCGCGAGCAGGCCGACGGACCUGCCCGUAAAAUUACCCACAAGGGCGAGAUUGAUAUCGAGCGAGACGACGCCGCGCCGUAUGUCGCCCCAGAUCCCCGCCCGGAAAUGGUCGAUCCCGCGCCAGAGGAGCCGUCGCCCGAACCGGUGGCAGAGCGGGCCGCGACGCCCCCGCAGCGCUCGGAGCCGAGCGAGAGCCCUGCGCGCCCUGCCGUCAACUUUGCCGAGGCGUGGAAGGAGGCGACGCCGAAGCAGGACGAUAUCGUCGACCCGCCGUCGCCGGGCUUUGCGUACGCCGUCGGUGGCGAGACGCCGCCCCCGAACGAGGCGCCUUUCCUUUCCGAGUCGCACGAUGCCGACACGGCCCUCGACUCGUUCCUCGACCAGCCCGCCGAGGAAAGCACGACGCCGCCCGGCACGCCCCCGCUGCACACCCCGGCUGGCCGGCGGUCGCAGGACAAGAUGCCAGCGCACCCGGUGGUGUGGGACGGCGUCGUGACCAUGCCCGAGUAUACCUCUGCGUACGUCCACGCGCGGCAGCUCUCCGAGCCUCUGUAUGCACCCACCUCUGCCUUGUGGCCGGCGCUCUUUGCCGGUGCCGAGUGCAUGGUCGAAGGGCGUCUUCCGAGCAAGGCCGCGAUCGACUACCUCCAUCAAGUGCGGCAGUCACCCCGCAACGAGAUCGUUCUCAUGACGCUCGACGCGGGCGGCGCAGCGCCAGCGCCAGAGCGCCACCACGAGGCGGACCCUACGCUGUACGCUUCGCCGUCGCUCGAUAAGCUCGUGCGCUACUUUGCCGACAAGCAGCGCUUUGGCGUGCUGGCGCCGGCGCCGGGCAUGAUGGGCACGCUCGUCAAGGACUUUUACAUCGCGCCCCUGCGCGCCACAGACCCAGUCCCGGAUUGGCUCUACACGCUGCAUCCUACGGGCCUCGGGCCCAUGUGGGCCGAGUCGCGCCCGGCCGACAUUCUCGUCGCGGUCCUGGUGCUGUUCCGCGCGGCGCUCGAGGAGCGCACCGCACAGGACAGUGCGGCACCUGCGCCACCGAGUUUGCCCGCACCUACGAACGCGUCGGGAAGCACGCCGCCCGUGUCCUUGGACGCGCUCCUGAACGUUAAGCCCGACGCGAUCCAAAACCUCCUGUCUACGCUGGGCGGCGCGCCGCGGCCCCCUAUGGGCGCGGCACCCCCGGGCAUGCCGCCCGCACUCCCGGGUAUGCCGCCGAUGGGCCCUGGCGUCCCUCCGCCGAUGCACGGCAUGUCCGGCCCCCCUCCCCCUCGCCCGAUGCGACAGUGGGGUUCCGGCGCCCAAAAUCCGGCCCCGUCGGGCUGGGAGCCGCCACGGAUGCCGCCUGGGCCGCCUGGGCCACCUGGCGCCCCUGGCCCCUUCCCAUAUGGCGCGCCGAUGCCCAACUGGCAGCCAUCGCGCGGCGGGUGGUACGGCGGCAACCCCGACCAGGCAGACGCGCGUCGCGGACGCGGCGGAGUUCGUCGCGGCGGGCGCCGAUGA